CGCGCUGCGUAAUUCGCGCGUGACGCGUGUGCGCGCGCGGGCCGCCGCCGCUUAUCCGCGCUGGGAAAUGUGAGCGUGACGCGCCACUGCCACCACCCGUCAAUGGCGGAGUCUCGGCGGAGUCGCAGACGGCGGCGGCUGCGCGCGUAGAGAGCAGCGGGCGAGACGCAGAGAGCGGCGGGCGGAGAGGGGGAGCGGCGAGACGGACGCGGCUCACUCGAGCGCCUCUCGUUUGCAACCCCCCCCCCCCAACACGCAACCCCACCCCUACUCGCCUUUCCCCCCCCCCAUCCCGUCACCCCCGACCCUGUAACAUUCGAGCGCGUUGCAUUAAGCGUCGACGGUAAUGUAUGCGAGGCAGCCGCCGAGGCUCAAUGAUGGGUAUCAUGAGAGAGGAGGAGGAGCCCCCCCGUGUGAGGUGCCCGGCCAAGAACGUCAAUAAAUACCCAUCGAAGAUUCAAGGAGACAGCGAGAAUCGUAAUGAUAAAAUGCGGGAUUCGAGAGGAUCGUCUCCGUCGUGCAAGAUGCCGCGGAGAUCCAGCAGCCCCGAUGGUACGGGGCCCAGGGCCCUGCAGUCUCACAGGCCCAAAGAGAGGUGCCGAGGAGGGUCAAGCGAUGCUGUGGAUGGAAGUUCUCGAAAUCAUUCUCGUCCUGUGUCAAAUUCACAUCAGAGUGAACAUUACAAGAAUCCAGCUCCUCAACCACACGAUCCUGCCGAUGACUGGUCAGAGCACAUCAGUUCUUCUGGAAAGAAGUACUAUUACAACUGCAGGACAGAAGUCUCCCAAUGGGAAAAACCCAAGGAGUGGAUUGAAAGGGAACAGCGGCACAGAGAAGCGGCGAACAGAAUGGCUGUUACAAACAGCUUUCCUAAAGAUAGAGAUUACAGAAGAGAGGCCAUGCAGGCAACUGUACAAAACAAUACCUCGAACAGAUAUGUUGAAGAGAAGCAAUCGAGCGAGACGGGGGGCGUUCUGUCACAAAACUCGCUCUCGCAGACGAGCAAACACAAUGACAGGGACUACCGGCUGUCACGCACCGAGUCUGUGGGCAGUAGCAGCGCUCAGCCACACGCCUUGCCCGGCCAUCGGCCGGCAGGAGGCCAGUUGCCCAACAGCUCUCCCAGCUCCGUGCUCGGCAGUACCUGCAAGAAGGCGGCAGAUGCCAAUGGGGCAGGUUCCCUGCCCAAGCUGCACAUUCCCAGCACGUGGCACAAGACCGACAAGAAGGUCACAGGGCGCGAUUCUUCGGACGCCCCAGCGGAGAGGGCUCCCUCGGCGUCCGUCUCGACCCCGUCGCCCUCGCCGUCACCUGUGUCCCGGCCGGCUCCAAGCACCCCGACCCCGGCUACGGCACAACCGCAGCCCCAGCCGAGCCAGGAGGCUUCGUCCGCGCGGCACUCCCUGCCAUCCCUGCACGCCUCCCCCCAGCCCAGCCCCAGCCUAGAGCGACUACAGGAAGCACAUUUUCUGUUCACAGCGUUUACUCAGACUCUGUCUAAAAUACUCUUGGCAGCAGCACCCACUUUGCUGCCACCGACAGUACAACCAGCUUCUCAAGCCCAACAGCAGAGUCCGUCGUCCGCAUCGCUGGGCUCGGAUGUCUCAUCCCCGCGUGCUCACAUUUCCCCACGAGUCUCAACCCCACAAGGGAGCACGAGCCAUUCCAAGGGCCAGACCAGCACCCCACACAGCACCACUCAACUUAAGACCUCUGCUCCACCCGUGAAGGGUGGUCAGCAGCCCGGAGACAGACAGCCCCAGCCCAGCCCCGAGCCUCCAGCUCCGAGCAGCAGUCAGAGGCAUCAGUCGACAAGUCACACAUGCCCCGCGCCGGGCGCUGCUGGGACGCAUGCAGGAAGUUUGCAGUCGGGGGCAGUGCCCCAGGCCCUCCCAAACCAGGCCCUGUCCAGCCCCUGCACCUUGUCCGCCGGCCUGGCUGCUCACUAUAACGAUCAGCUUGUGCGACACGUGCAGGGCUGGCCUGCUGAACAUGCCGAGAAGCAGGCGUCAAAGCUUCGUGAAGAAGGACACAGCCUCGGGAGUUUACAGAUGUCAGAAAUCUGCACGGAUCUGAAAAGCGCAAGGUCCUUGGUGCGAGUUAGCGAAAUUCAGGCGACACUGCGUGAACAGAGGAUAUUAUUUUUACGACAACAAGUAAAGGAGCUUGAAAAACUCAAGAAUCAAAACUCGUUCAUGGUGUAAAAGGACUUUGCCGAGAAAGGUUUCUGAAGAAACAUUGCCUUUGGGGGGGUUGUGGAGAGAAAGUGGAAAGUUCAUGACAGUGAAAAUUUAAAAUAAAAGUAACAUAAAACUGCUUUUUGACAAAAAGAAAAGUUGUUCUUUGGAACCAGUCAUUGGCUCAGAGCUGCUGGGAAGACAACAAACUUAAUUUGAGAACUCAUUUGGUCCAUAUUGUACAUAUAUUUUGUAGUCCUGAGGACUCGGAAAGUGAUAUUAAAUGCUCAAUGAUGUUAACCUUGUAAUUACCUCCGUACAACUACACUUGUUGCUACAGUGUAAAACUUAAAAAAACACAACACUCUGGUAUUUGAACUGUUGUAUUUUUUUUCAGCAAUGUUUUAGGACCAUUUUAUUUGCUAACUCUUCUUUAUGUCUAUUAAAAUACGUUCACAAAUUUUGACAGUUUAUUUUUUUUGCUUUACUGCUGAAAUCGCUCGGGAUGACACUUCAUAAAAAUGUAAAAAAAAGUGCAGCUGCCAUUUUAUUUAGAAUGACCACACUUACUAAAUUCGGAUGCACCACUUUUUUAAUUCUUCAUAUUUUACAUUUACAAUAGGAGCAUACCAGCCACAGUGAUGUGCAAGCAGACCUUUAAAAUGUAUAUUUAACAGCUGUGUGGCUUGCCAGCUGUGUGCUUUUGAGGCAGUGUUCCAACAAUUUUGUGGCCUUUUGGAGCAUCAUUCGUAUGCUGAUUGGGCCCUCUAGUGUUGAAAGCCAAGACUGUUGGUUAAGGGGUGAGAUGCUGCCUCCCAGUGGCUAAGGGCACUUCUGCCAACACUGCGCAGCACCACCUGUGCUUUUAAUCCUUGCUGAAAGACAAGAUCUGCAGAAAUCUUCGUAAGAAUGCAUAGCAGAUAACUGCUAAGUUAUUUAAUGACUACAUUUUGAUGGCGCAAUUAACAAUGCCAAAGCCAUUUUAAACAGUUUGCUUUUCAAUCAAAUCAUUUCGGUUUAAUUAACGGAUAUUUAUGGACAAUGUGGCUUCACUGCAUUCUUUGAUUUCCUAAAACUGCCUUUUCAUCAAGGAUUUUAAAAUAAUAUUUUGUUUACUUCUUGAUGUCCUGUCUUAUGUGCAGCUUCUGUUGGUGGUGUCUAAUUACUAAAUGUUAAGUUCUACAUAUUGUAGUUGCUGUUAAAACAAUAAAAUGUAAAGAAAUGCGCAACAUUACUUAGUUUUCCGUUUGAUAAUUGUCAACCAACCCUCUAUGGCCAAAACAACCCCAAAGGUAUGGAGAGGCUUUCAAGCAGUAGUGGUUUGGACAAAAAGGGCUGUCAAUUACUAAUUUCAAUUAAUCUAAAUAUUUCCUUGUAAAGCACUCGAGAGCCUGUAAACUAUUGACUGCUCCAUGUUUGUGUAAUACACAGGGUGACAACUUAAGAUAAAAAAACCCGGCAUUCAACAUUCCUGUAAGUACGAUACUAUCUUCCUAACAAGGGUUUCAUGCUGGGUGUGCCGAACACAUUGCUAGUCCUUGUUGAGUUAUUUAAAAAUGUUUCAUGAUACUAAUAGGCAAAUUAUUGCAUUCAGCAGAUUCUCACUACAAGUAAUCAACUUGUUAGUGUACACACGGUUAAAUAAAAACCUGUAAGAAUGCAUCAUGCUGGAUGCAACUAGUGGAAAGCCUUGCAAGAAUAUGUUCAGUAGUACAGUGCCCGACUUUCGAAGUAUGAUCAUUAUCACUUAUGUUUCAAACUGUAUGGGUAACCCUUGGUGCUUUUACUCAUGUCCGGAUCGUGUAUCAUUAAACGCUUUUUUUCCUGCUAAGUUAUCACAGGGAACAAUG